UGGUAAACCAACAACCAUCCAUUCUAACCACUACCCACCUACACACACCCUACGCCCCUCUCACACCUCCGUCCUAUUGAUCCCUUAUAUGAAAUAUACUCCGACAUUAAAUUGAGACAACAUGGAUUACACAGACCCCUUCCUCCAAGUCCAAGCGGACGUCCUCUCCACCCUCCAGAGCACCCGACCCCUCUUCUCCUCCUACUUGCGCAUCCGCUCGCUCGCCAAAUCCCCCAGCAACCCGGAGCUGCAACAAGCGCGGUCGGAGCUCGAAACCACCCUGACGGACCUCACCGCCGAUCUGGACGAUCUCGUCGAGAGCGUGCGCGCCAUCGAGCAAGACCCUUACCGAUUCGGCCUGGAGCUGGAAGAGGUCCAGCGUCGCCGGAGUCUGGUCACCGAGGUGGGCGCCGAGAUUGAAAACAUGCGCCAGGAGUUGCAGCGGGCAGUCACGACGGCAGACGCAGCGGCGAGCGGUGCGGGUGGUGGUGGUGCAGGGUCCUCGCAUCUGCCGAAUCCGGCAGAUUUCGAUGAUGAUGACGGGGGUCUAUUGUCGCCGUCUGGGGAGCGGGGUGAUGAUUACUAUGCGGCCAUGGAGCAGCAGCGGCAGAUGGAGCUGAUGCAUGAGCAGGAUGAGCAGCUGGAUGGGGUGUUUCGGACGGUGGGCAACCUCCGGCAGCAGGCGGAUGAUAUGGGCCGGGAGCUGGAGGAGCAAGCGGUAAUGAUUGACGAGGUGGAUACCUUGGCCGAUCGGGUCGGGGGCAAACUACAGAGCGGGAUGUCGCGCUUGAAACAUAUCAUUCGGAAGAAUGAAGAUACAAUGUCCUCCUUCGCCAUCGCGGUCUUGAUAUUCGUUCUAAUCCUCCUCUUGAUCCUGCUCCUUGUGCUUUAAACUGGGGUGAAGUUUGUCCGGUCCACGGAUUUAGACCUUGGUCUUCUUACGGGGGCGGGUCUGUUCUUCCUCGU